UGGGCGGGGCGGGAGGCCGUCACGUGAUCAAGGCCGGGGCGGUGCGGUCACGUGAUAUUUGGGUGCCGGCGGCACGGCGCAGCCUCCUGGCGGCAGAGACAAUCCUGCUGAGACAGGCCUGGGUCUGUUGGGGUGUUGCUGCCUAGUGCCAAACAAGUGGCUCCCCAACACGAGGGAACAAAGCUAAGGGUUUGAACUAUCAUCCUAUAUCCAUUACUAUCUAGAAAAUGUCUUAUGGAUCCAUUGAUGGGAGUGGGUUUGGGAGCAGGAAUCCAUUUGGAGGCCCUUUGAGACAAGGCUAUCAACCUCUCGCCACCCAGAUUGAUCCCAGUGAACUACAGGAACUUUUCCAGGAGACUUCAGCCAACGUCUUCCGAAUUAACUCCAAUGUGACCUCUCUGGAACGAAGCCUUCGAUCUCUGGGGACCUCAAAUGAUACUCAAGAGCUGCAGGAUGGACUGCAUGCAACCCAGCAGGAGACUAAUAAAACCAUCACGACGAGCACCAAAGCCAUCAAGCAGCUGUCUGAGGUUGUCAGAGGCUCAUCCAGGCAAGAGCGACUUCAGCUGGACAGGCUGAAGAACCAGCUGUCUGAUGCCAUCCAGAGAUAUGGAGCCGUGCAGAAGAAAAUAGCAGAGAAAUCCAAAGCUUUGCUUCCUACUGGGCAGAGAAGUACCAAACAGUCUCAGCAGAGCCCUCGGACUCCCUUCUCUGACCUACCUGAUGAUGAGAAGAUCUUUAACGGAGGGGAUGGCACAUCUCAGAACCAGAACCAAGACCAAGCCUUGCUCUCAGAAAUCACAGAAGAGGACCUGGAGGCCAUCCGUCAGCGGGAAGAGGCCAUUCAGCAGAUCGAGAGUGACAUGUUGGAUGUGAACCAGAUCAUCAAAGACCUGGCCUCCAUGGUGCAUGAGCAAGGAGAUGCAAUAGAUAGUAUUGAAGCCAACAUUGAGACUGCAUCUUCUAAUGUAGAAUCAGCCAAUGAGCAGUUGGCAAAAGCCAGUCAGCACCAACUACGAGCCAGGAAGAGGAAGUGCUGCCUUCUCUCUAUUGCAUUGGCUGCUCUGCUGUUCAUUGUCAUAAUCAUCACAGUCUCAGUCAAGCACUGAUCUGGCUCCAGUUUGCACAGACCCUGUGAUCACCCCGUGAAGUGGAAUGGAUUCUCCAGACAUCUCACAUUCAGGCUCUACAUCAUUGUCUGCUUUGCUGGUCACAUUGCAUUAAAAUUGCUAUAGUCAACAAACACUAACUGUAUGAAAGAAAAGCUAAGUUUUUUACUGUGUGUUGCUACAAUUGUGAAUAAUUUGUCCUUUGUUUUUAAUCUUUCAUUGCCGACGUAUUUUAUUUUAUGUUACAGAUUUUGAUUACGUCCCCUGUGUAUCUGGAGAACACUGUUUCUUUGCCUCCAGAUUUGGUAUAAAAUGUGCUGUAAGAUAUGUAGCUGUUAAUUCAUCUUUAUUAUUUGUGGGUUUAGCAUGCUCCUGAUCUGCUCACUGAAAACAUGAAACUCAAAAUGCUUCAUUUGAUUCUUUUUUGUUGUUGUUUUUGUACGUUUUAGAAAUAAUCUAGCUCAGGUUCUCAUACUGUGCUCUGCUGCUUUGGAAUUUGCUCUGCUGGAUCUGAGCUAUAGCAACUUUACAAUUAUAUGUGCCAUUUGCAAACACAUCAAUUAGAUGCUUAUUUGAUCCCAUUGUAUGCUUGGAACACCACACGUAUUUAUGAGGAACGCUAGUAAAGGAGCAGGACAAAUA